CUCCCUCUACCACACAACACCGUCGCCAUGGGUAGGGUUAUCAGGAACCAGCGUAAGGGUCGCGGCUCUAUUUUCACCGCCAACACCCGCUUGAACAAGGCUCCCGCCCAGUUCCGCACUCUCGACUACGCUGAGCGCAAUGGAUACAUCCGGGGUGUCGUGAAGGAGAUUGUCCACGACUCUGGCCGUGGUGCUCCUCUCGCCAAGGUCACCUUCCGCAACCCGUACAAGUUCAAGCACGACACCCAGACUUUCAUCGCCAACGAGGGCAUGUACACUGGCCAGUUCAUCUACGCCGGAAAGCACGCCGCCCUCACCGUCGGCAACGUCCUCCCGCUUUACUCCGUCCCCGAGGGUACUGUCCUGACCAACGUCGAGGAGAAGGCCGCUGACCGCGGUGCGCUCGGCCGUACCUCCGGCAACUACGUGACCGUCAUUGGCCACAACCCCGACGAUGGCAAGACCCGUGUCAAGCUCCCCUCCGGUGCCAAGAAGGUCCUCUCCAGCCAGUGCCGUGGUAUGGUCGGUAUCGUUGCAGGUGGUGGCCGAACAGACAAGCCCCUCCUCAAGGCCUCCAGGGCUAAGCACAAGUUCGCUGCCAAGCGCAACUCGUGGCCCAAGACUCGUGGUGUUGCUAUGAACCCCGUCGACCAUCCCCACGGUGGUGGUAACCACCAGCAUAUCGGUAAAGCCUCUACCAUCUCCCGCGAGGCCGCACAAGGUCAAAAGGCCGGUCUCAUCGCCGCCAGGAGGACGGGUCUGCUCCGCGGUACCCAGAAGACGAAGGAUUAGAGAAGCUGAUGACAAUGGGGUGGCGUCGGAGUGGCUCAAGAAAGCGGUCGGUUAUUCUCAUCACCAUUCGAAAUGCGGGUGGCCGGGCGUUAUGAACUUUCUGGGCAAGCUAGGCCUCUGCCUGCUUGCGUGCAUGAUAGGACCCUAGGGAAAUGCGAAUCCGAAAAUGCAUGGGCUGUAUCUUGGAAAUGUGAUACUCAUUACGACUUAAUGUCUCUCACACCGGCCACCCAACGAGGAAGUGACGUCCAUCAGCCAGCGCGGAUAGCCCUCACAUCGUACACAAAAGCGAAGAAUUCUAUCAUGUACUUCUACGAUGCUCAACUAAUGCAGCUCAUGGUGCAC